AUGGAUGGAGAAAGGACUUUACGAUGUUCUCCGACUGAUGACCAAGCGAAACAUGGCAGUCAAUCUGACUCUCCUUCGAUGCCAAUAAUACCUCUAAUCAAUGCUCUGAUCGAGGAUCCAGGUAUUCAACAGCAAAAUUUUCAGGGUUGUGAUUCAGAAAAUUUAAGACUAAACUUGGCAAUCACUCUGCCUCAGAAGCAGUUUAAAAGAAUGAAGGUUGCUAAGGCGUGUGAUAGAUGCCGCUCUCAAAAGACCAAAUGUACGGGAAUCAUGCCAUGUCGUUCUUGUAUUAAGCAUGGAAUUCUGUGUCAUUAUUCUACACAGCGUAAUGGAGGUAGAGAUAACGAGAAAGUACGCGAGAAGAGGAGCAUCAGAAAAGAUAACUUGGAGGGAAAAAAUUGGGCAAAUCUGAAUAACAUUAAGGCUGCCUCACAUCACCAUAUUUUAAAUUCUACAGUCGAAUCAAAGAAGGACGCAUAUAUCGUUGAGUUAGAAACAAAAAUAAAGAAACUACAAUCGUUGAAUAACUUGAAAGUGGGUAAUUAUUCUCCUUUGCUCAAUCAGGCUGAAAAUGAGGACAAUUUUUCGGCAUUAACUUUCGAGAGUUCUCGGAAUAAUUGGAAAUAUCUGUGUAGACAUCAAAACAUUUUGACGUUUAAAUUGUUCAAAUCGAUAUAUGAAUCCUUACUGAAUGAGUCUAAAUUGCAUGUAUCAAUGCCAAGAAUACAGGGCUUUGGCUGGAAUAUGUCUGGAGGUAGGUAUUUGACCCCCGAAAAAUUACCAAAAAUUCCUGAUUUUGAGCUACCUUCAUCUGAUUUUUAUAUAGAUUACUAUUUCCGUGGAAUCAAUUCGGUGUUUGCGAUAUUACACGAGAGUGUUUUCAGGGAACAGAUAAAAUCUUAUAACAGCUUGGUUUUGGAAGAAAGAAGAACUUUAGCUACUUAUACGAAUGAUGAGAGCCUUCACGAAACUAGGUUAUUUCAAGCUCAAUUAUAUUUAGUUUAUGCAUUAUCCAUUAGAUUUUCUGAGUUUGAAAACCUGACAAGUAAUUCCGUAGACAUGCUUGCUUUAGAAGAGAAAUUAUUCAAAUAUGCACAUAAGGUUAUGCAAAUUCUAAGUUUUGAAUGGGAAUCAUUUGAAUUGAUUCAAGGAUGGCUACUAAUUACCUUAUACCUAAGAAUAACACACAGAUUAUCAUCUUCGUUCAUGGCUUUAGGUAAUGCAAUCACUAUGACAAGGGCUAUGGGUUUAGGUAAUAGAGAUCCCGUAGUCCGGAAUGCUACAAGCUACGAGCAUUUGAAGGCCAAGCGGAUAUUCUGGUGUGUUUAUACAUUCGAUAGAAUCUUUGGUUUACAAUACGGUAGAUAUUGUGGUUUCCUGGAGGCCGAUAUAUAUAGGCCUUAUCCGGUAAUGUGUUUUGAAACCGAAUCAGAUGGUUGGUUGACCUUGCCAGCUUUUGCUAUGAUCCAUUUGGCUCGUGUUUCAAAUUAUUUUAAUGAUUAUGCUAAAGAUAAUUUAGUUGGUAUAGAUAUCGAAAACUUGGAUAGAAGUUUGGAUGAGUUGGAAACUUGGUUCAGCGAGAAUGGCUUUAUUGAUGAUGAUGUUUUAAAAGAUGUUAGCUUGUCAGGUGAUCUUGCCGAUUUAGCCAAAAUUCAAGUUAAAUUGCAUUAUUACGACUUGAUAUUCUGUUUUCAUGGAAGAAGCCUCUUCAGCUUCAUUGGAGAAGCUGUCGAUCUAAAAAAUAUGAAACUUCAAACGGUCUUAGAUAUAUCUAUUAAGGGUCUUCGAAUUUUUCAAAAACUAAAGGAAACUAAAUUGUUAUAUAUUCCUUGGUACAUGACUCUUAUUUUGAUAUUCAAUGUUGGGAUUUAUUCCGCGCUUUUUAUUAAUAGUGGUGUAUUCGUUUCUCAGUCCAAGGAAAAUUUAUCAAUUUCAAUUUCAUUGAUUUCUCACUUAAAGGAAGCAUCAUUUAUUGAAGCACAUAGUAUCAGACCAGAAGAAAAAUUUACAAUGGCAAAAGAAUGUCUCUGGGCAUUGAAGUUGCUUAAUCAUAUGAUAUAUUUAAGGUUCGCAGAAGAUGCAAAAGAACUAAUGGAUAUGGGUAUAAAUCAUGGCUCAGAUGAUGUCAACAAACAAAAUUUUUCUCAAUUGGGUCGGAUUAAUAAUAAAAACAAUGCUGAUAAGGAGCGUUAUUUCACUCAUAAUGGAAGGGGUGAAACUUCCUCUGAGAGAAUCAUUUUCACAGAAAGUCCCAAGAGCCCUAUGUUAGUAUCGACACCAUUAUUAAUGAAUACUUUUAGUACUUUUGAUUCCUUGAAUCAAUCAGAAAAUGAAAAUCUACUUGAAAAUUUGCGAUGGUUUGAUCAAUGGCUGGAUUUUAUUUAA